AUGAUAUCUAUUUGCCGCUUCAACAGAAUUUUGACACAAUACAAUACUAGCACAUCUGAACUAAGCAUACCGGCAGGCAACCGCGAUCCCGAGUGCACCCAUUUACGCAUACGUAAAAUUCCUGCACACGACCCCCAUCCUCUCGUCUUUGUCCAUUUUGCAAUUGCUGGCGUAUCGUCUUGCGGAACUGGACGACAAAGUUUUGGACUUUCUGACGGUUGCUUCACGGCGUCGGCGUCUCAAUUCUUCUUUCAUUCCACCUCUGUUAAUGUCUCGAGAGACAUCCGACUUCGCUAUCGCUUGUGCCCGUCGUAUCCAACCAAAUGUGUCUCGAAUUUCCUUCCCUUGGUUCUGUUGAGACCCAAUGGCAAACCGAUGACCAUGCCGUCAUCACCCUCAAAAUGUGAUGGAGGUCAAGACGUACAAGCUCUUUGA